GUUUAAACGCACUCACAACAAAAACGUGUCCGGUUAGAACUAGACUUUGACCGUCUAUAAAAAAAAAUUUAGAAGAAAAAUGUUAUUGUCCCGGACGAAACCAGUGAUUAAUAGCAAUAGUCAGGCAAUGGUGAAUUUAAACGAAAUUACCAAGAUUCAAAAAAUGGCUUCGGCGCCUCAAGAAGUGCCUUCCGUUAUCAAAUUCAUCGAGAAUCGCGAUUUCCAGGGAGCUAUUACUCUUUUAGAGUACGAAAAGUUAAAUGGAAGUACUGAUCCGAAUACGGACUUGUGGUUGGUGUACUGCGAAUUUCAUCGGGGAAACUAUAAGCAAGCCCUUCUGCAGUACGAGUCCACGAAUAAUUCGCUUUACGCCGCUUGCUGCUAUUUUUACUUGGGAAUGUAUCAAGAAUCACGCGAAUUAGUUCUGAAAGCACCGAAAUGUCCUCUACAAGUUAGACUUUCGUUUCAUUUAGCACACAAAAGUGAUGACGAAGUGAGCGUGUUGGAAUUCCACAGACAAUUGCGCGAUGUCGCUGAAGACCAACUUUCUUUGGCAGCUGUUCAUUAUUUACGCGCGCACUACCAAGAAGCAAUUGACAUCUACAAGCGACUAGUUUUACAAAACAAAGAACUCAUGGCGCUACACGUCUAUAUUGCUUUAUGCUACUACAAACUGGAUUUCUACGACGUUUCCCAAGAAGUUCUGUCGGUGUAUCUGCAAAAGAUCCCAGAUUCACUGAUUGCGCUUAAUUUAAAAGCAUGCAACAUUUACCGCCUUUACAACGGCCGUAGCGCCGAAAUUGAAAUUCGAUCGCUACUGGAAUCUCAAGUCAAUUGCCCAUUCGGAAAAGAUUUAUUGAAUCACAAUCUCGUCAUCUUUCGAAAUGGAGAUGGUGCGUUACAAGUGUUGCCGCCGUUGGUCGGUGUGAUUCCGGAAGCUAAACUCAACUUAAUUAUCUACUACCUACGCCAAGACGAAACAAAAGAGGCCUUCGAUUUAAUGCAAGAUGUCAAUCCCAGUUUGCCAGCUGAAUAUAUUCUUAAGGGAAUCGUUUAUGCUCUAAUUGGACAAGAAACUAAUAACAAAGAAUACUUGGAUACAGCCAUCCAAUAUCUGCAUCUGGUCGGAGGUAGCUCGAGCGAAUGCGACACAAUUCCAGGACGCCAGUGUGUCGCUUCGGCGUUUUUCUUGCAGCGUCAGUAUGAGGACGUACUGCUUUAUUUCAAUUCCAUCAAGUCAUACCUGAGUAACGACGAUACUUUCAAAUUCAAUCUAGCUCAGGUGCAAACAAUAUUAGGACAUUACAAGGAAGCUGAAGAGGAACUCGUAACUAUUCAGAGCGCAAAAUAUCGCAGCGAAUACAAUUAUAUUGAAUGUUUAACACGAUGCUUGGUGAUGAAUCGCAAAGCUGUGCAGGCCUGGGAAAUAUAUUCUCGAAUGGAGACAUCCGCAGAAUCUUUGGGAAUUCUCCAUUUAUUGGCUAAUGAUUGCUACCGUACCGGACAAUUUUACAUUGCUUCGAAAGCCUUCGAUGUACUGGAUAAAUAUGAUCCGAACCCGGAACACGCUGCAGCAAAACGCGGUGCAUGUGUUGGUUUACUUCAAAUGGUUUUGGCGGGUCGAGAACACAGGGAGGCGUUAAGUGAAGUCGUAAAUUUGAUGCGAGGAUCCCCCGAUCCUCAAAUGGAUCACAUAUUAAGGGUAAUCAAUACCUGGGCAAAAGAAAAUCGUAUGAAAAUGUAGCAAUUUCGUUAGAAAAAUAUCGAUGUCCGGCCAUCUCUUUUCUUUAGCUCGGAGCUUUGAAUUUUCAAUGUGCACUGUACCAAACAAAUGUGAAGUUAGUUAUAAAAGAUAAUAUAGACAUUUCA